GGACGCCGGGUCAGUGAUUUCCCCCCAUCUCCGGUGAGCCUGGGGAACGUGCAGCUCAAAGCCGCCGCCAGCCACAGCACCAUGUACCCCGGCAACAAGCGGAAAAAGCUCUGGAAGGAGGAGAAAGAGCGUCUGUUGAAGAUGACCUUGGAGGACAGACGCAAAGAAUACUUGAGGGAGCAUGUUCCAUUGAAAGACAUUCCAACAUGGAUGGAAGAAAUGAAAAGCAAGAACCAAAGUGACGAUGAAAACACUAAGGAAGCUUUGCAGGUGAAGAAAAGUCUGAGUGAGAAGGUUUCUCUCUACAGAGGUGACAUUACAUUGCUUGAGAUUGAUGCUAUAGUUAAUGCAGCUAAUUCCAGUCUUCUUGGAGGUGGAGGGGUCGAUGGCUGUAUACACAGAGCUGCUGGGCCCUGCCUAGUUGCUGAAUGUCGCAACUUGUGUGGCUGUGAGACUGGACAAGCUAAAAUUACUUGUGGAUAUGACCUGCCUGCCAAAUAUGUCAUUCAUACUGUGGGACCAAUAGCAAGAGGCCAUAUCAGUGAUACUCAUAAAGAAGACCUGGCAAGUUGUUAUAAAUCAUCCCUGAAACUGGCAAAAGAAAACAAUAUCAGAUCAAUUGCAUUCCCCUGUAUUUCAACCGGAAUUUAUGGUUUUCCAAAUGAGCCUGCUGCCGUUAUUGCCCUUACCACUAUUAAGGAAUGGUUGAACAAGAAUCACAAUGAGAUGGAUCGUGUCAUCUUCUGCGUCUUUUUGGAGGUCGACUACAAAAUUUUCAAGAAGAAAAUGAGCGAAUAUUUCCCCACAGAUGAUGAUAAUGAAGAGGAGACUGAGAUAAAUGAGGAUACAGAGGGAUUGGAACAAAAAGCCCAGUCACCAUCUCCCAUGAAGUGCAAAGUAAAGAAAUCUGAGAACCUGAAGGAUGAUAAUGAGGAUGAUAAUAGCAGAGAAGAGACGCAAAGUAAUGAAGAAACUGAGGGCCAGAGCCAAGAAGCAGAUGAGGCAAAACAUACAGCUGUACCCAGCCCACCAUCAGAAGAAGGAAUAGAGCUGUGCGAGGAUAAAGAUUCCUCAAAAGAUUCCAAAGCCACACAAGAGAAUGACCCAGCACAUCAUGCAAUGUGUGAAGAAGAUCAAGAUGAAGGACCACAGGAUGUUUCCACAAUUGAUGAAAUGAAAACUCAGACAGAUUCCCAGAGCUCCUGCAUGGAAACAGAAGAGCCCCUGGCAAAUAAAGAGGAUGCAAUCAAGGUUGAGAAACCAAUGACUCCUACAGUAGAUGAAAAUAAAGAAGAAAGCAAAGAAGAAGAGAGAGGAGAAGCACAAGGGAAAGGGAAGCUAUCUGCAGAGGCAAUGACAGUUGAAAAUCCGUGUGACACAGAAAACAUUUCAAGUAAUGAUGCUGAAAUGAAUAGUCAGGUUGAAAGUAUAAAUGAACAUUCAGAAAUGCAGCCGGAAGAUUAACAAAUAGAGGAACAAUGUGAGAGAAGAGAACAAUGAGGUGAAACGUGAACGGCAGUCAUUAGCAUUGUAUGGCAUCAUUCUAACUAUCGGCAGAAAGCGCAUCGGAAGGUGCCCCAUGGGAUGGGAGGGGCAGGGAAAUAAGGGAAAAUGAAUCUUUGUUUUAAUUCCUCUUAAUUCUCAAUUGCAUUUUGUUCUGUAAACCUGGUUUUUCUGAAAAAGCUUCCCUACUUUGGUCAUGAUGUCCCACUUCAAACAAUCUUUUGCAUUGUCCUGGCAAUUACAACAACUUCUAGGUCCUGUGUAAUAUUGGAGAUGCUUAUUUCCCCCCCUCUAUCACUAGCCUCUGAAUCUCAUUUCCCAAUGAGGGCAAAUCAUCCAAGCAACUGGUGGGAAUGGGAUUUUUUUUUGUAUUCUCUGGGAUAAAUUUGGGGAUUUGGUUUGAGGACGUGGACUGCCACAAAGCAUCGUAAACCACAGAACACUGUGUAUCUUAGGAAUUUUAAGAACAGCUGUUCCAAACUAUCACUAUAUUCAUAGUGAAGUUAUUGCACAGUGCCCACCUCCAGCAACAUCAGUCAGGAAUUCCUGACUGCAAGUGUCAGUGGAAAAUAGUUAGAGCUUUUAGAACAAAGACCCUUGCUACUAUGGAGAUAGUAAAAGAGCUAGAAGAAGUGUUUCCUAGUGCACAGUAGAAUCCAACCUAUGCUUCACACCAGGGGUAGGCAACCUGUGGCACGUGUGCCGAAGGCGGCACGCGAGCUGAUUUUCAGUGGCACUCACACUGCCCAGGUCCUGGCCACCCGUCCGGGGACUCUGCAUUUUAAUUGAAUUUA